GAGAAAAGAAAACCUCGUUGGCCACGAAUUCCCUCUGCCGAAAUAAGGGAAUGCUCGAUGUCUUUAUUUUCUGGAGCAUUAAGGUUACUGUCAACAACACUGAGCCAAGAAGGAGCAGUUCAAUCAUGCCCUCAACACAGAAGAACCCAUUGGGCUUUGGCGAGCGAAGAAAGCUGGACAUCUCUCAACCUUUGCAGCCUUGAAGGAGGCUGGUGGUGUUGCCCUCGAACACAAUUUGGAUCGUGUGUUUGGACUCUGCAGCAGUCACCAGUUCACCUCUUGGAUAUAGAUGGAGGACCAUGUCUGCUUACGGUGCUGGCGAAGGCCCUGUUUGACAAUGCAGCAGAGAGCCCUGAGGAGCUGGCCUUCCGGAAGGGAGACAUCCUGAUGGUUCUAGAACAGGAGCAGGGAGGGGGUCCUGGCUGGUGGCUCUGCUCCCUCCACGGGCGCCAGGGCAUCGCCCCCGCCAACCGCCUCCGCCUCCUCCACACCGCCCCCGCCCCAGGGGUUGACUCCAGACCCCCCAGCCGCGCACCCAGUGAGGACUCUGUGUACCUCUCCCCAGGCCCCCUGGCCCGCACGGCAGUCUCCACGGAGGAUGUGGAUGGGAUCUACCGCACCCCACCUGGCCUGGGGGAGGCCCUGUACCAGAGCCCAGGGGCGGUGCCUGUCGCCUCUAGACCAGGGGUCCUCCGGCAGGCCGAGGUAGGGGGUCGCCCCCGCUCCCGCUCCAGCUCCGGCACACGCCCCUGUCCCGAUUGGGGCGUUGGGGUGACAGGCCGCCCCCGCUCGCCAUCCCUCCGGUCCAGAGGCACAGACUCCGCUGGGAGCCUCUAUCAGACCCCCUCCACCCCCACAGCUCUCGGGCCCCAGCACCACAGGGGUCUGGCUGGAGACCCUGGACCAGAGAAUGUCUACCUGGCCCCGGGUGGGAUUCCUCGGGCGGUGGGUCUAGCUCCAGAGGGGCCAGAGGACAACACUUACCUGGUCCCCAGGGAGACUGUAGCGGCGGUAGGCCACUCUAACGGCUGUUACCUGGUCCCCAGAGGGACAGUCCUGCCCAGCGAGGAGGUCUACCAGACCCCCACAGGAGGGUUAGUCGGGGGGGCUGUGUCGACCCAGGUUACCCCCAUCACUACUAGGGUCCUGGAGGCUCAGAGCUUCACCCCUUCACAGAUAAACGGGGGCGGGGGAGCCCCCCUUAAGCCCCUCACCCCUCAAUCCAAACUGGCACAGGACACCCCUCAGAUGAUGUACCAGACCCCCACCCCUGUGGGAGCAGGGAUUCUCAGGACUCCACCCGUCCUUGCACAGGGAUCCCCCAAACCUCAGCUGAAAGGGGCGACCCCCAAAACCCCAGGGACCCUCGGUGGUCAGGGUGGAGUGCCCUCCACCCCUCCCAUCACCAGGGGGAAGCUAGCUCCUGCUGCUCCCCUCAGGGGUUCCCCCUUGCUGGCCAGAGCAGGACAGGGACAAGGCCGGGUGCCUGGAUCCCCAAACUUUGCUCGUAAGCCCCCUCCUCCAGCCCCUCCAGUGAGGGGGGUAACCAGAAAAGACUUUCCCCAAUCCAUAACCCCUGUAUCCACCUCUCAGCCUGCCCUCUCCACCCCCCAGUCGACUCCUGUACCCCAGUACCAAGAGAGCAAAGAUGGAAGGAUGGCGUCAGAUGAAAAGAAGCAGAAUGGGCAGAAUAAGAAAGGCGAGGACGGAGAGUGUGCAGAUCCUGAUGACGACAGCCUCGAUGAACAGGUGUAUGAUACUCCUCCCAGGAGUAGGUGGCAGCGGCCAGCCCCAGCAGCGCUGUGUGACGAUGACAGCAUCUACAACACCCCACGCUCCCUUCCCCCACACACUGACCUAGAGUCAGAGGUCUAUGAUGUUCCCACCAUCAUACUUAGCACAUCGUCAGAGCCCCAGCAGCAGACUGUCAACGUCCCAACGUCUGUUAUUACUGAUGAAUUGGAGGAGGACGUUUACAGCCUCCCAACCCUUCCUGGCCUACACCUGGGCCUGGACAUGUCCACCAUCGCCCCUCUAGAGGGGACGGAGCACGGCCAGGUCUACUCUGUCCCCGGCUCAGGGAAGAGGGCUCCGCUUGGGCUAGGCGAGGGCAGUGACCCGGGGUCCACCACCGAGCCGGACUGUGGCGUCUAUGACAUGCCCGCUCUCACCCUUGACGUCUUGCCCUCUUCGACGAUGUCAACGUCGUCUUCGUCUUCCACACGUCGGUUAUCGGUAUCCAGUAAUGGGUCUGGUGACGUUCAAUGGAGGAACUCGCUUUCGGGCCUUGUCCAAUCAGUGCUUAGCUCUGCCUCGGGUGCCCCUGCCUCCUCGAGGGACCUGGCAACCUCACUGGCUGAGAUCCUGUCCGUCUGGAAGUCGAGUCAACCUGACGAGGUCCCUCCCCCUCUCCAACAGGCUUGGGCCCGCCUCUCAGACCUACUUCCUGCUUUGUCCGCCGGUGGCCACGCCCCUCCGUCGGAUACUCUUCUCUCUAUGGUCCAACGAGCGCUGGAGGACUCCACCAUCCUAUUUCAGACCCAGGGGCGGCCCCGCCUCCCUUCCCAGGACUCCCUCUCCCGAAGACCCCUACCCGCCCUGCCCGUAGCCGAGGUGAAACCAGUAGGGAGCAGUAUGGGACCACGCAAAGGUAGCUGGAUCCAGGAGAGACCCUUACCCCCCACCCCCCAGCCAGGGUUUCCCCUGCCCCCCGCACAACCCUCCACUGUGACCAUGUCCAUCACUGUGGGGCAAAGCGACGGAGAGGAGGGGAUGGGGAACGAGUACGCAGGAAUAGGUCUGACACCUGCCCCGGCACCACUUCCUCUUGGAGACAGUGUGGGAUACGUGAAACUGCAGGGAAAGCCAGAGCCUCUCUCAGAUGCCCGGACAGAGAAUAGGUCAAACCAGACCCUUCACACCAGGGAGCCUAGGUUGAGCCCCUCCCCUCCUCUGCCCGUCUCCCUCUCUCUGGAGGACUCAGAGUUGCUCUCCUUCUAUUCUUCCCAGUCUCUGUCCCACCUCUCCUGUCUGGCCGAUUCCAUUGACGUGCUCUUCCGCACCGUGCAGGGGAACCAACCUCCCCGUGUCUUCGUUUCCCGGGGGAAGAGUUUGAUCGUGACGGCACACAAGCUGGUGUUCAUCGGGGACACGCUCUCCCGCCUCCUGACCUCUCCUGACCUCAGGGCAAAGAUCACAACCUCAGGUGGGCAUCUGUGUCAGGCCCUGAAGGCUGUCGUUGUGGCAACGAAGGGGGCAGCCCAGAACUACCCAUCAGUCGCUGCCACCCAGGAAAUGGUGGACUGCGUGGCCGAGCUGUCCCAGCAUGCCGCAGGCUUCUCCGGCCUGCUGCAGCGCCUCGCGGAAAUAUCUUGACAAUAUUUCUUCAACGUCUCUUCUUAUAACAUGUUUACAAUACAUUUUCUCUCUACUUUGAAAUGCCUUAGUUGUUGUUACAAUGUGUUCUCUUUCAAAUUGAACAGUUUGACGUUUGAAGUGAGGUUGAAACAUUGAAUUUCAGUCCAGAAGAAGAACUGAUCUGUGGCUCAUAUUGCCACCUAGUUAGAUUUUGUGUGUGUUCUUGUAUGUGUGUGUUGGUUGGCUUUUGGUUCUUUUAAUACCUAGUCACUUCUGUGCUUUUGGUGCCAAGCACACUUUUCAUCUUGUGUGUCCUGAUGAUUGAUGAACGCUGUUUUUGUUUGAACCCUGUUCGUGACAUUCAGUGUCCCUUGUGGGCCACUGUAUUAUUGGAGUCAGACUAUUUCUGUUCGGUUGCCAUUAUUUUCUCUUACAUUGAAAUAACCGUUUCUUUUCUUUUAUCUUUGCAUCCUUAUUUAUUGUAGGUAACCCUCCAUCCCCCUCUCCAAAAAUAUAAAUCGAGCCUCACAUCC